UGUCACUGUUAACUAAAUACAAUUGAAUGCAUUUUUAGUACUCAUUUAAUGUAAAAAAAAAACYCUUCAGCUUAAAAAAAUCUGUCAAAUAAGUUUCUUAGAAAUUGUUUUACAGCCUAUCCACGUAAUAAAUUUCAAGCCUAACACUGGAAAAGAUGUCAGAAGAUUCAGAAAAGGAGGACUAUUCAGACAGAACAGUCAGUGAUGAAGAUGAAUUAGAUGAAGAAACAUUUAUGAAAUUUGUAAGUGAAGAUAUUCGUCAGUGUACACUAUUGACAGCCAAUUCUUUUGGUGACCCAUUCUUCCCUCGGACCACACAAAUACUCUUGGAAUAUCAGCUGGGGAGAUGGGUGCCACGCCUUCGUGAACCACGGGAUUUAUAUGGUGUCUCUUCUUCUGGGCCCCUGAGCCCAACACGGUGGCCUUACCACUGUGAGGUCAUUGAUGAAAAAGUCCAGCAUAUUGAUUGGACUCCUUUUUAUCCUGAGCCAGUAUAUAUCCCAACAGGUCUAGAAAUAGAACCCCUUUAUUCAAGCUCCAAGGAAGACACUGUGGUUUAUCUGGCUGAAGAUGCUUACAAAGAGCCCUGUUUUGUGUAUUCCCGAGUUGGGGGCAAUCGAACACCCUUGAAGCCACCUGUUGACACCUGUGACAAUACUUUGAUGUUCGAAGCAAGGUUUGAGAGUGGUAAUCUACAGAAGGUAGUCAAAGUGGCAGAAUACGAGUACCAGUUGACUGUGCGCCCUGACCUCUUCACAAACAAGCACACCCAGUGGUAUUAUUUCCAAGUCUCUAACACCCAAGCAGAAACCGUCUACAGAUUCACCAUUGUCAACUUCACCAAGCCCGCUAGCCUUUACAAUCGGGGUAUGCGCCCACUCUUCUAUUCUGAAAAGGAGGCCAAGGCUCACAACGUUGGCUGGCAGAGAAUCGGAGACCAGAUCAGGUACUACAAGAACAACCUGGGCCAGGAAGGCCGCCACUUCUUCUCCCUCACGUGGACAUUCCAGUUUCCACACAACAAGGACACCUGCUACUUUGCGCACUGCUACCCUUACACUUACACCAACCUGCAAGAAUACCUUUCUGGCAUCAAUAAUGACCCAGUUCGGUCCAAGUUCUGCAAAAUCCGCGUCCUGUGCCACACGCUCGCCAGGAACAUGGUGUACGUGUUGACCAUCACCACGCCCCUGAAGAACUCGGACUCCAGGAAGAGGAAGGCCGUGAUUCUGACCGCAAGGGUCCAUCCGGGUGAGACCAACAGCUCCUGGAUCAUGAAAGGCUUCCUAGAUUAUAUUUUAGGAGACUCAAGUGAUGCCCAGUUGCUUCGGGACACUUUCAUCUUCAAGGUGGUACCCAUGCUGAAUCCAGAUGGUGUCAUUGUGGGAAACUACCGGUGCUCCCUAGCUGGGCGCGACCUCAACCGCAAUUACACCUCCCUCCUGAAGGACUCUUUUCCUUCUGUUUGGUACACACGGAACAUGAUCCACAGGUUGAUGGAGAAGCGAGAGGUUAUUUUAUAUUGUGAUCUACAUGGACAUAGUAGGAAAGAGAACAUCUUCAUGUAUGGCUGUGAUGGUAGUGACAGAACUAAAGCAUUAUACUUACAGCAACGAAUCUUCCCAUUUAUGCUGAGUAAAAAUUGUCCAGAUAAAUUUUCAUUCCCAGCUUGCAAGUUCAAUAUUCAGAAGAGCAAGGAAGGAACAGGAAGGGUGGUAAUGUGGAAAAUGGGAAUCAGGAACAGCUUUACCAUGGAGGCCACCUUUUGUGGAUCUACUUUGGGUAAUAAACGAGGCACUCAUUUCAGCACAAAAGACUUGGAGUCAAUGGGCUACCAUUUUUGUGAUUCUCUCUUGGACUAUUGUGAUCCCGAUCGGAGCAAGUAUUAUCAGUGCCUGAAAGAAUUAGAAGAAAUGGAAAAACGUAUGAGUUUGGAAAAAGUCUGUGAUGAUUCAGAUUCUUCUCUAAUAGAAAUUACAUUGGAUCUAGAGUCGAGUAGCCGAGGCUCUGACAGUUCGGAAUCCAAUGACUCUCAGACAUAUCUUCUGAAGGUAACCUCUCAGAUAAAAACCAAGAAAAAAUAUCUGAAAACAAAGAAGGAAAGGAAUUCUACCAUGGCAAGCUACCAGAGUGCCAGAGAAGAAGUUUAUGGUAGAGAACAUGUACUGCAAAAACACAAAGAAUCAAAUUCUGAUGUGAAAGGAAAAAGUCUUCAGAACAAGUUGUGGAAGUCUGAUGUAGCUGCAGCCUGCUACAAGGUAUUUGGAGCAGCCAUAGCUGUCAAAAUGAAAGAAAACUCCCAAAAUAUGAUUCAGAGUUUUAGCAGAGACAAUCGAAGAUAUUUUCUAGAAACCUGUGAGAGGCCAAUCCAGGAAAUAAUUCAGCCCCUGGGAAAUCGUUUAUAUGAAAACUGUUUCAGAGUGACAUCCUUGAAGUUUCCUAGGAGCCAACAAACAUCAAGUUGGAUUGAGAAGACAAGGAUACGAAAAGAUCUUCAUCACAACUUAAAAAGCAAAGGUAAAGAAUGUACACCUGUCCAAAGUAAGAAGAGUGGCAUAAACUGGACAGAUGAUGAAAAAAGAAUCUACAGGGAUAAAAGAAUAGCUCAAACUCAAGAAAUAUUGCAUUAUUUGCUCCCUAUCAUGGAAACCCAAAAACCCAUGGAAAACACUCAGAUAAAACAGUUAUUCAAUUCAAGAAGCAACUUCCAAAUCCAACAUCAAUCAAAGMCAGCUACUUGCAUAAAUAUAAAGAAAUACAACUCAUCUUGGACGCCACCCAGAAACCCUCCUUUUGUAACCCAAAGGAAUCUUAGGACAGAUGCCUCAGAAUGGUUCCAGUCUGUGCCCCAAAGGUCACUUGAAAGUUUGACACCUCUCAAAGGCACCAAGAAGAGGAAAAAACAUGUUCUCUGGGCCACAAAGACUGAAGACAUGAACCUUCUAAACAGCAAAUGGGAGACUGCUGCCUCAAGCUUUGAAGUGGUUGCAAAUAUAAAAGAUAAGAGUCUUCAAGAUGAAGAAUCCAAACUGCAGAGCUCUAAGCAGAUAGUUCCUCAUCUCCCCAAAACCAAGGAGGAGCAACCGCAUCAGAAUGACAGACAACUCACCUUCCACCUGAGGUUCCAAAGAGACAAUUAA